AUGUCCCCCCUCCCAGAGAUCGCCUUCCAGCUCCUCCGCAACCCCGCUGUCGCAGUCGGCUUGCCCAUCGCACUUGGUGUUGCGAGCGGCUACGUCUCGGCCGAACUCCGUGCCAAGCGUACCGGCCAGGCGGCAUCGGCCACAUGCCCGCCGCACCCGGCCUUUGGCCCCAUCUGGACGGCCAUGUACGGCCUCGUCGGCUACGCGUCCCACCUCUGCGUGUGCGCGUUCGACGCGGCGGUUACCCCGCAAUCGACUGAGGACGCGUCCAACGCGCUCGUGCUCUACUAUGCCCAGCUUGCCGGCAGCCUCCUCUGGACGCCGCUCUAUGUAGGCGAGCGCAUGCACAAGGCUGCCUUCGUUGACAUGGCCCUCCUCACGGGUACUGCUGUCACCAUGACUGCCAAGAUGCACGAGCUCAACUUCAGCCCCAUCUCGACCACCUGGUUCCUUGCCCCCUACUGCGCGUGGCUCGGCUACAUGACCUACCUCAACGGCCGUGUCGUCUGGAAGGAUGAGCCAACAGGACCAGGAACCAAAGACGAUGAUGGGAACUCGUCGGAAACCCCGGUGGCUGACUCUGCACAGGCAGCAGUAAGCUUCCCUGCCCCCGUCCGUUCGGCAGCUCGCAGCUUGGGUCAAGUCGAAUCGUCGUGUGCGAGGCUGCCAGAUGGUACAGCGUCAGGCCCAGUAGUAGUGUACAAGCAGCAGAAGCAGCAACCUCACAACGGAAAUCCCGAAGACAGGUGCCAAGACGAAGAGAAGUGA